AUGCCUAAACACUUAAUUGGAGAAGCCAUGGGAACACCCGCUACUGUUCUUGUGGUUUUAUUUUCUAUUCUUUUCAUGGAAGUACUUGAGUUCAGUUAUAGCAUAGCAAGUCACCCCAAUGUGAACUGCAUUGAGAGUGAGCAAAAAGCUCUUGUCAAGUUCAGAGAAAGUCUCACUGAUGAAUCAAAUCGAUUGUCGUCGUGGGUCGGAGAAGACUGUUGUACAUGGAAGGGAGUUGUUUGCAGCAACAAAACAGGUCAUGUCCUCAGACUUGAUCUUCACAAUCCAUUUGAUGAUUUGGCAAAUUUCAGCAAAACCUGCUUGGGAGGUGAGAUUAAUCCUUCUUUACUCAAUUUGAAGCAUUUGAGUCACUUGGACUUGAGCAUGAACAACUUUUCAGGAACCCAAAUUCCAAAAUUCUUAGGCUCACUUCAAAAUUUGAGGUAUCUUAAUCUCUCUAAUUCGGGUUUUGGAGGAAACAUUCCACAUCAUCUAGGAAAUCUCUCGAGCUUGCGCUACCUUGACCUUAGUGAUUUUUUUUACAAUGAUUUGACAGUUGAUAAUCUGUUGUGGGUGUCUAAGCUUUCCUCUUUGAAACACUUGGACAUAUCUGAGAUCUCCAUUGGGGAAGGUACAGAUUGGUUACAACCAAUUAACAUGCUUUCUUCUCUGUCAGUAUUGAAGUUAACUGGUUGCCAACUUUAUACCAUUCCCCCUCUUUCGUAUGUUAAUUUCACUUCUCUCUCUUCACUUGACCUCCAAUCCAACAGUUUUGAUUCCACCAUCCCUCUCUGGUUGUCUAACAUUACUGGACUUUUGCGUCUCCAUCUUGAUGAUAAUCGAUUUCACGGGCCAAUUCCUGAUACUCUUGGAAGAUUAUCCUCUCUCACUCACAUUGGUCUUUCUGAUAACUCUUUUAACACUUCAAUGCCUAGUUCAUUGGGAAACUUGAGCAGUCUUGUUCUUCUAGACCUCUUUGGCAAUGAGUUUCAAGGAAGUUUACAAACCACAAUAAAGAAUCUAUGUAGGUUACACGUGUUGGAUUUGUCAAACAACAAUUUUAGUGGUGAGAUUCCAAGUCUUGAAGGAGGUCCAUUUGGUUGCCAUAAGAAUUUAGAGCGGCUUCUUCUUUCUAGGAACUCAAUUCACGGUCCAAUCCCCGUGUCAAUUGGAAGACUAUUGCGUUUGAGAGAGUUAGAUGUUAGUAGAAAUCAGUUGAAUGGGAGCAUUCCCUUGAGUCUUGGACAACUUUCAAAACUAGAAAUGUUAGAUGUUUCUCACAAUUAUUUGGCCGGAAUGGUAUCUGAAUAUCACUUCACUAAACUCACCAGGUUGAAUACAUUGUCCAUGUCCUUCAACUUCCUAGCUUUAAAUGUGAGCUCCCAAUGGAUUCCUCCUUUCCAACUCCAACACAUUGAAUUGGCAUCCUGUAAUCUAGGACCUCGAUUUCCUUCUUGGCUUCAAACACAGACACGCGUGAUAAUGUUGAGCAUGUACAAUGCGAGCGUCUCAGAUACCAUACCAGAUUGGUUUGAUAACGUAUAUUCACAUAUCCUCUACUUGGAUCUAUCCAUGAACCAAAUCAGUGGAAAACUCCCAAAAUUUGUAGAAUCGAAUAACUCCAUUUGGAUAGGCUUCAGGGAAUUAAUAUUGAAGUCCAACAAAUUCGACGGACCAUUGACAUUGUUUCCUUCAGAUGUUACUAUUUUAGAUCUAUCUGAUAACUUACUUUCCGGACAUAUUCCUAUGAUUAAAGAUGUGGUGAAUCUGAAAUUGGAACAAUUUAUUCUAUCCAACAACCAGUUGUCUGGGGAAAUUCCAACGUUUUUAUGCAACGUGAAGACAAUGAUUUUUAUUGAUCUCUCAAGAAAUCAAUUGACAGGAAGACUCCCAAAGUGCUUGGGGUUUUUGCAACAGUUGAGGAUUCUAGAUGUGACAAACAACAGCUUACAUGGUGAAAUUCCAAGUACUUUAGGUUCCCUAUGGAAUCUUGAAUCUUUACACUUGCGCAAUAACAGAUUUUGUGGGAAGUUCCCAUUGUCUUUACAGAAUUUGACUUCCCUGCAAGUUCUUGAUCUUGGUAAGAAUGCGUUCACUGGUAUCAUACCUCCAUGGAUCGGAGAAAAGCUAUUGAAUUUGGAAUUUCUUAAUCUUCAAUCAAAUAAGUUUCAUGGUGAUAUUCCUCCAAAGAUUUGUUGGCUCUCUGCACUUCAACUGUUGAACGUGGCACAAAAUAGUAUCACGGGUAAUAUUCCACAUUGUUUUGGCAAUUUUACCGCCAUGGUCAUGGAUCAAGGUCUUGUCAAAGGAGGGUCUGGGGUUGGUGCAAAUUACAAAGAAUAUAUUAUAGAUUCUAUAAGAGGAAUAGAACGUACAUAUACCGCAGCAAUCGAAGAACAUUCAUCGAUAGAUCUUUCAAACAAUAAUAUAGAUGGAGAGAUUCCAGAAGAGUUGAUGAAUCUCUUGGGGUUAUGGAAAUUGAAUUUAGCUGGAAAUCAUCUGAAUGGAAGGAUUCCUGAGACAAUUGGAAAUUUGAAGAGAGUGGAAUCCCUUGAUCUAUCUAAAAACGAGCUUUCCGGUUCAAUUCCUUCGGGUUUGUCAGAUUUAUACUUCCUAAGCCACUUAAAUUUAUCAUUCAAUAACUUAUCAGGGCGAAUACCAAAGGGAAAUCAACUCCAGACCCUGGAUGAUCAAUCCAUUUACAUGGGCAACAGUGAGCUUUGUGGAGCACCACUCCUAAAGAGUUGCCCGGGGGAUAAACCAGUUGAGGGUCAUGAUCAGCAGUUUCAAGCUAAAGGUGAAGAUAGUUUCGAAUUUCUUUGGUUCUAUGCUGGCAUUGGACCUGGUUUCUUUGUUGGAUUCUUGGCGGUUUGUUGUACCUUGCUUUUUAAAAAAUCUUGGAGGUAUGCAUACUUUGGGCUCGUCGAGAAUGUUUACAACGGGCUACUUUUAGCAAGUGCAUUGACUGCUGCUAGGCUGCGAAGGAAGUUCCGCAAAGGUGAAUUUGGAGCAUGAACGCCAUCUCUAUGAAAUGGUACUCCCGCGGGAGCCGGAUUUGACAGAGAGCAUUAGAUUUCUUAGCAAUAAUGUUGCAGAAAAAGGAUCAGGCAAUGAAUUAUUAAUUUUUAUUAUUUUUAGCUUGUUUUGGAUAAUAGAAACAAUGUUAAAUGUUGUAGACUACUUUACUAAUGUUUCUGAGCCAAGCUAGGCCUGGUUUCUACUAUGCGAAUGGAUUU